AUGUUCAAUGCUCGCGAUAGGCCAUCAACCUUGACAGAAACAAGCUCCGCCGAGGUGGAUCUUCACUCAAUACAUCAAUAUCCCCAUCGAUUGAACUUACCUCCAUUGGGAGAUAUUACUAUCGAAGAAUUCGAAACUUGUGCACUUGACCGCCUCCGCCUACUGGCCGAGAUAGAAUCAUCGUUCGCUCGAAACAGGACCUAUGACGAACUCAAGGACCACAUUUUACCUCAAUGCGAAAAAUAUAUCCCACUGAAUAGUACUGCUGCCAAACACGUAGACACGGAUGCACAGCGGAGAAAGGACCACAUCGGACAUUUCAUCUUGAGACUAGCAUUCUGCCGCUCUGAGGAACUUCGGCAGAGAUUUGUUAAGGCUGAGGCUGCACUCUUUCGCGUUCGCUUCGACACUGACAUCAGUGAUGAACGGGAGAGAUUCCUCAACUCUAAGAAAUUUGCUUGGAUACCGGUCUCGCAAGAGGAAGAACGACAGUACGCGGCAGAACUGGCCGUAUUAUCUAUACCCUCAAAAGAGUCUGCUGUGAGAGAAGAAAAAUACUAUAAAGUGAAAUGGACGCGGGUUCCAGAUUUGGUAGAGAAAAGGAGAGUUAUCCUGAAAAGAGGGUUCGCAUACGUGCCCUCCCGCGAGACGUCUAGCAUCGUGUUCCAGGAGUUUCAGUCGUCCCUCACCCAAGCUCUAGAAAUGACGGCAAAAGCUCUCCCUCAACUUGAUGAAGAUACGCGCAUUGUGCCCAUUUUGAAUCAUCUAUCGCAAGGUUUCCUUGCUGGAGUGUCGUCAGAAUGGAGCACUGCGACCUCUGGCAACGGGAACGAAAUCACCGCAGAGAUGGUGGACGAACUAGCGCACAAGCACUUUCCGAUGUGCAUGCGGAAUCUACACGAUAACCUACGAAGAGAUCGACAUUUGAAACAUUUUGGUAGACUUCAAUACGGUCUUUUCCUGAAGGUCCUUGGGCUCUCUAUCGACGAGGCCAUUGCGUUCUGGCGACGGUCGUUCAGCAAUAUACAAGACGAUAAAUUUAACAAAGAAUAUAGGUAUAACAUUCGCCACUCAUAUGGGCUUGAAGGAAAGCGAGCAAACUAUGCGGCAAAGAGCUGUCAGCAAAUCCUCACGGCCGAUCAACCGAGUACAGGCGAUUCACAUGGGUGUCCUUACCGCCACUUCUCGUCAGACAACCUGCAGACGGCACUCCUGUCAAUGUACUCGAGCCAGGGCCUCUCUGCUGCAGACCUUCCGGGAAUUCUACAAAAUGUCAAGAGCGGACAUUACCAUGUCGCAUGCACGCGAGUUUUCGAGAUAACCCAUGGCAGUAAAGGGGUCAAGAAGGGAGAGGGUGUUGGCGCCGGAGAAAGUGUCACACACCCAAACCAAUAUGCUGCCAGAAGCAGAGAACUCGAAAGAGGGAGUGACGGAGUGAAGAGAGAAGAUGACGGAGAUAUCAUAAUGGGUUGA